UCUAAAAGAAAAUUAUUUCUUUAUUUAGCCACAAUGCCUCCCACUCAAGCAGAAAGUGUUAUAAAGAAUAUUAUACGAGAAAUAGGACAAGAAUGUGCAGCCCAUGGAGAGAUUGCUUCUGAAACCGUGGUUGCUUUUAUGGUGAAAGCCGUUGUGCUGGAUCCGCGCAAUGGCUUCAACAUGGACAGGACCCUCGUCAAGAGUGAUGUGCAGAAACUUGUGAAGCUUUGUGUGGCUCGUCUGUUGGACAAUAAAAAUCCAUCCCUGGACACCAUUAAGAUGCAGGUCUACUUUGACAUGAAUUAUACAAGUCGAGAGGAUUUUCUUGAAGAACAUCACCGGGUCCUAGAUUCCAGACUAUGCUCUGUUAGCAGAGAGAUUACAGACAACAGAGCCUGUGACAGAGAAGAACUGGAGAGUCUCUACAGAAAGAUUGUCAGCUAUGUGUUACUGCGCUCUGGGCUUGGAUCCCCCACAGACAUCAAGAUUGUCAGAGAGGCUACAGCUGCUCUGCAGAGUGUUUUCCCUCAGACCGAGCUUGGGACGUUUCUGUCUCUUAGUAAGAAGGACAAAGAACGCCAGUUGAAGGAGCUCACCAUGAUUGUCACUGGAAUUCGGUUAUUUAACAGAGACUGUGGGAAAGGAGGGGAAGGCAUCGAUGAUUUGCCAGCUAUCCUCCACGAAGCGAUCCCAGCCUCCACACAGCAUAUUGACUCCCAGCUUCAGAUUGCUCAAGAGCAGGCUUUUCGCUACACCGCUAUCCUGGAGAAAGUGACAAGGAACCCACUGAUGGCCAAGGAGCUUGAGCCCUACAUGUUAAAGGAAGCGCUGUAUAAUAUUCGGCAGUAUGAGAUCUUCCUUCAGACUGUUCUGUCAGAUAUAAUUACUUGUGCUCAAGAAGUAGAAAUGAUGAUACAGCAAUUAGCAGCUCAAUUGGAACAAUUAAAAAUGACAGUAAGAUCGAAGACUGCUGUCCCGACAUCACAAGUCUUUCCUAUCUUCAUUGCGCUGGCAAGCCUGUGGAUGAGCUUUCAGGACGAGACUGUUUUGGUUAGUGUUCUGAGUAACUUGACCACUAACCUGGAGCUGUUCCUGGGCACUCAUGAGCUGCUCUUUCCCGAGAAAGUGAUCCAAAGUCUUCUGGAUGGCGUCAUCGUGAAAAGCGAUAUGGCAAGGAUAAAGGAGCACGUGGAAGAAAGAGUGACUUUGUCAGAUUUCAGAAAAACGGAAUGGCUUUUUCCAGAAACAACAGCAAAUUUUGAUAAACUGCUAAUUCAGUACCGCGGAUUUUGUGGCUACACGUUUGCUGCGACAGAUGGUCUCCUCCUCCCAGGAAAUCCAUCCAUUGGAAUUUUGAAAUACAAAGAAAAAUAUUACACUUUUAAUACCAGAGAUGCUGCACAUUCGUUCUCAGAAAACCCUGAAUAUUAUAUUAAUUUGAUUAAAGAAAAAGCCAAAAGGAAUGCAGAGUUAAUUCAGCUACUGGAACUUCAUCAGCAGUUUGAAACUCUCAUACCGUACUCUCAGAUGAGAGAUGUUGACAAGCGUUAUAUAAAACCAAUUAUGAAGUGUGAAAACAGCACACAGACAGAUACACACAUAUUGCCACCAAUUAUCGUGCGAUCCUAUGAGUGGAACGAAUGGGAGUUAAGAAGAAAAGCUAUAAAACUGGCUAAUUUGCGCCAGAAAAUUACUCACUCUGUACAAACUGACCUUAGUCACAUGAGAAGAGAAAACUCUUCACAGGUGUACCCUUUGAAGGAUGCCAGCACGCAGACCAAGCGAGAAAGCAGCAGCCGAGUGCCUAGGCCCCAGAUUUUCAUAGCUGGUCUGCGUGGAGGACAAAGCAAAACAACCCGUGGGAUAAAGGUAAACUUAACCAGAGCAGUGGAUGAAACAUAGAGAUGGAAAAUUUGGAGAUUUAAAAGAAGAUGCUCUGUACAAAGUAUGGAAAAGAGUUCAAAGUACUAUAAAUGCACAUAGUUGAUUUUGUGGGGUUGGCAUAGUCAUUGGUCUUGUGAGUGUGUAUUAGAGUCCCACACUUUGGCUGACUGCUGUGAAAAUCUAAAAGCAAUUUCUGUAGCACAUUUCUUGUUCUAUUAAAAUUGACAAGUAA